GUGCUUUCCAGCUUCUCAAGAAAAUGACAGCUAUGAUUCGAGGAUUGUGUUGUUCGUGAUCUGCCUGGUGCUCCUGUGCAUAGCCGGUUUGAUCUUCGUCAUCCUAUCAGGUCUUGGCACUGAUGGAGAUGACGACAAUAGCGACAUCAGCGGUGGUGGGGACGGUAGCAAGAACAGGCCUGGCCCUCCGGUGUAUAAUGAAGCAGGGGUCGGACGAGACAACCCUCCGCCCACCACAUUUGCACCACCCCUGCCAGCACAGGGACGGAUUCCUCAGGCACCAGGGCCCAUGCCUCCGGUACCGGCAACAAUUCCUCCAGCACGGCGAACCACUCCGCCUAGUCUGCCGACAGCAACACCGCAAGCGACGCGAACGCAGCCAUCCACAGGUGUGCCGCCGUUCGUGCUGACAUCGGCGAUUCCAAGUGCAAAAGGCACGAGCACAAGUCCUUCGACAAAGGCUAAGAAGACCACGACGGCUAAGAAGACCACGACGACUAAGAAGACCACGACCACUAAGAAGACCACGACGACUAAGAAGACCACGACGACUAAGAAGACCACGACGACUAAGAUGGCCACGACGACUAGCACCGCCACUAUGGCCAAGCAUACCACGAUAAUCCCCAAGACAACCCCCAAGACAACCCCGACGACAGCCCCGACGACAAUCCCGACGACAACCUCCACGACAACCCCCAAGACAACCCCCAAGACAACCCCCAAGACAACCCCGACGACAACCCCCACGACAACCCCCAAGACAACCCCGACGACAACCCGCAAGACAGCCCCGACGACUACUUCGACAACCUCCUUGCCGGAAUCAAGAGAAAUCAUGUGCACCGUGGGCCAUUCUGCCGUCGCGAACAUCAUGUACCCACCCGAAGGUGUCUGCCAAUACCUCUUCUAUGUCGACGUGAUCAUCCUGGACCGCAAGAUAGUAGCCUCAUUAGAGCAGAACAGCUGGAAGCUAUUCCAAAUGAAGGCCAUGAAAUAUAACAAGGUCAAGUCAGGCAUUUCUUUCGACUACAGGUACACCACAUCGAAGCUGCUAUCUGAUGCCAAGGACGAACUUAAUAGGCUGGCAACGAAGAAGAUUCAGAGCUACGGCGUGCUGAAUAUUGUCACGAAGCCGGGAGAUUUUGCCCAAGCUGUGCAAUCCAUGGAGCCAGUUGUAGCAGCAAUGAAGAACAUCCAAGGCAGCGAUCCAGAAAAGAGGACCGUCAUCGCAUUUGGAUCGUACGACUACAGUGAACCUUCUUUUAUGCAGCGGUACGGGAAUAUAUUUGCAUCUGUGGUCGAUUCAUUCAAGGUCGACACAGUCAUUGCUAUCUCAUCGGUCGGAUCAGUCGAGGGCCCGGACAACUGCAAUGCCGUCCCACCAACUGUGUUGAUCUCUCCAAUGCCAAAGUUUCCAAGCCUGAGGAGCCAUUGGCAUCUCGUGAGCUCCAACACGACGAGGUACAUCAACAACAAUAUAUUGGUGGGCCUGUCGUUCGAAAUGGGGGCCCUGAUCUACGUCCUCAAAAAGGACGCCCGCAACUUGAAUAGCAGCGCUUACGCCGAGUGCACCAACUUCGGCAUGACGAGUCGCGAUGUGAUUUGCGCGACAAGAAAACAUGUUGACAGAGAUGAGCAGCUCCUAAGAAGGCCGUAUUUUAUAUAUGGCACAUUUCUCACUACAAGCACCAACAGGCAUGUUGCCUUUGCCGAGUACCACACCAGCGUCCGGGACAAGUACACCGCGGCCCGCAGGAGGUUUGGCUCCGUGCGCAAACGAGCGGCGUUGAUGCUCUUCAACGUGCACCUUGGGGACGUGAGGAAGAAGUGCGGGCCCGACGCUUUCACCAUCAUAAAAUGGAUCUGCCAGGACUUCAGAGGUGUUAACAAGUGCAACUGAGCCAGCGUCUUUUCGUCGUGCACCUGGAAGCCGUAGACCCGCCAACGGAGUGCGGUAAAAUAAAUGAAAUUUGUUUUUUACAA